ACUGUUCCUGAAAUUCUAGAAGAUGAAUGGUUCAAGAAAGGGUACAAACCGCCCCAAUUCGAGCAGGAAGAGGAUAUAAAUCUCGAUGACAUCGACAACGCCUUUAAUGACUCAACGGAAAAUCUUGUAACAGAAAGGAAAGUGAGACCUGUUUCGAUGAAUGCUUUCGAGCUCAUCUCCAGGUCGCAAAGCUUUAGUCUAGACAAUUUGUUUGAGAUGCGUCCUGCGAAGCGAGAAACCAGUUUUGCUUCCCAAUGUCCUCCGAACGAAAUCAUCUCCAAAAUUGAGGAAGCUGCAAAGCCUCUAGGUUUCAAUGUUGACAAGCGAAACUAUAAGAUGAAGUUGAAAGGUGACAAAAGAGGGAGAAAGGGACAACUAUCCAUAGCUACCGAGGUGUUCGAAUCCAGGUUGCUCCCUGCUUACAUGUGGUGGAGUUCCGGAAAACCGGCGGAGACACAUUGGAGUUUCACAAGUUCUACAAAAACUUUUCAUCUGGAUUGAAUGAUAUAAUCUGGAAAACUGAUGGAAUUCCUGAAGAAAAGAGAAGUGCGUGGGCAUUAAAUGCAUUUAAUUCCAA